CUGCAUAAAGCGCUGCUCAGGACUACACCGUGGUUUAAAUCCCGUCAGCCAAGCACGGCUUGUCCUUUAGAUUGAUUUUUUUGAGGGGGAGAAUAAGUGAAAAAAUAUAUAAUAAAUAAAUACAUUUGCAGCUGUAGACAGAUUAACAUAAGAGUGGACGAAACCAAGAGACAUUUGAGUUUUAUUUGGACGCUCCUUGUAACAGACCACCCUCUCAUCGUGGUGAUAGUGGGAAUGGGAUAUGAUGGAGGAUAAAGCUCCUCGUGUAGCUGACUACUUCGUGGUUGCUGGCCUCCCCGACUCGCCCAAGCCCCUUGAGGAUGAUCUCCACUUUGAUGAUGCCGGUGCCAGAUCUGUUAAACCCAAAGCCCCCAUCACCGACGUUGCUGUGGUGAUACGCUCCCUGGGUGAGGAGGUGCCUGCAGGUUUCACCUGCGUAGAGACCACCCCCACAGGGCUUUCCGCAGAGCUCAAUGGAGCCAGCCUCAGGGGUCCUCAGGUCUUCUUGUGCUUCAAGCGAGGCAGAGAUAAGCCUCCACUGACAGAUCUUGGGGUUCUGUAUGAGUGGAAGGAAAAAUUGAAACCAGGAUGUCACAUUGUCCAAACCACACCCUCGGGUCGCCCUGCCAACAUAAGCAGCUCGUCCUCCCAGCGCAUAUACAUCACCUACCGCCGCUCUCCGAAGAGCCAGCCUCACACUUCACUGGCCGUCACCGAUGUCUGCGUCAUCAUACCAGGAAAAGGGGAGACACCCCCUCACACCUUCUGCAAGGUGGACAAGAACCUCAACAGCAGCAUGUGGGGAUCCUCUAUCUACCUUUGUUACAAGAAAUCUCUGGCUAAAGCGAAUGCAAUUGCAUACAAAGCAGGUCUGUUGUGUAGGUACCCCGAGGAGGACUACGAGUCCUUCCCCCUGCCGGAGUCUGUGCCUAUGUUCUGCCUCCCCAUGGGGGCGAUGAUUGAGCGAUGGCCCACUCACACCAAACACUCCUUACCAGUUUUUUCUACAUUCGUACUAACGGGGGCCUCAGGAGAAAAGGUAUAUGGGGCAGCGAUCCAGUUUUAUGAGCCGCACCCAGAAGAGAGCCUCACUGAUCGUCAGCGCUCACAGCUUGGUUUGACAAGCUCUGAUUUUGGAAAUGAUGAAACAAAAACUUUUUACAGCAACAAGAGCAUCUGCUUACUUUCCCAUUGGCCAUUCUUUGACUCCUUCAGAAGUUUCCUCACUUUCCUGUACCGAUAUUCCAUCUCUGGACCCCACGCUGUACCCAUUGAAAAGCAUGUCUCACACUUCAUGCAAAAUGUCCCAUUUCCAUCCACUCAGAGGCCCCGCAUCCUCGUGCAGCUGUCUCCACAUGACAGCUUGAUACUGAGCCAACCAGUGUCCUCCCCCCUGCCUCUUAGUGGUGGCAGUCUCUCCACAUUACUGCUAAAUCUUGGCCCAAAGAAUGCAGCUACACUGCUCGUUCUGGCUGUCACAGAGCACAAGAUCCUGGUUCAUUCCUUGCGUCCUGCUGUGCUCACUAGUGUUACAGAGGCCCUUGUGUCUAUGAUCUUUCCUUUUCACUGGCCAUGCCCUUACAUCCCUCUUUGUCCGCUGGCCCUGGCUGACGUGCUCAGUGCGCCGUGCCCCUUCAUUGUGGGUCUGGACUCCCGAUACUUUGACCUUUAUGUGCCUCCAGCUGACAUCAGCUGUGUGGAUUUGGACACCAACACCAUCUCCCAGAAAGAAGACAAAAAGGCUUUAACAUGGAAAAUCCUGCCCAGAAGAGCUUGCAAGUAUCUUCUGAAUACCUUGAGUAAGCUCUAUCAACAGCUGAUAGAAGGUGGUCAGGUAAAUCGUGAUGACGUGCAGAUGAACCACGCGGUGACUGACGAUGAGCUCUACGGUGGAAAAAGCCUCCACACUCUAGAGUUGGAGAUUCAGGAAGCCUUCCUCCGGUUAAUGGCAGCAAUCCUGCGGGGUUACCGUUCAUACCUCCAGCCAAUCACCCAAGCUCCAUCCGAGAAAACCACUGAUGUCAGCUCACUUUUUGACCUCCAAGGCUUCCUGAAGAGCAGAGACCGCUCACAUCAGAGGUUUUACUCCCUCAUGACCAAAACUCAAAUGUUCAGUCGUUUCAUUGAAGAAUGCUCCUUUGUCAGUGAUAAGGAUGCCAGCCUGGCCUUCUUUGAUGAGUGCGUUGAUAAGUUAUUUACCACUGGAGGCAAGAUGGACGGUGAGCGACCAGAGGACACCCGGCUAAUUGAGUUGGAUGAAUCUCAUGGCAGUGAACACACGGUCUACGUCAACCCUCCAGAGCUGCCUCCUCUACCUCAUGGAGAAGAGUAUCCCCUGCGCUAUAGCUACUCCAGAUUCCCUGUGCUGAGUGUUGAGCUCCUGGAGCCACUGGAGGGACCAAAUCCAUCUUCAGCAGGGACUGCUUCACGCCACAGCAGCCCAUCCAGCCCAACUGCCAUCUUUAGACGCUCUCAACAGGAGAUCAAAUCGGCUCAAAGGAUGGCCAAAACACAUUCAUCUGUGCCCCAGAUGUGGUCCAAAUGUCUGCUGCGCCACUGCUAUGGUCUGUGGUUUAUCUGCCUGCCAGGAUUUGUUGGCAACUGCCACUCCAAAGUGCGUGCUCUGCGCACAGCUUAUGAUGUGCUGAGGAAGAUGCAGGAGAAGAAGCUACAAGCUCCAGAUGAGGUGUGUUACCGUGUGCUACUGCAGUUGUGUGGUCAGUACAGCCAGCCAGUCCUAGCUGUGAGGGUGCUUUUUGAGAUGAAAAAGGCUGGAGUUCAGCCCAACGCUAUUACUUAUGGGUACUACAACAAGGCUGUGCUGGAGAGCACGUGGCCUUCCACCACCAGAGGAGGCUACUUUCUUUGGGGGAAACUGAGGAACGUGCUUCUAGGUGUGCUUCAGUUCAAGCAAGCAAGAAGAAAACGACGGACUCCACACAGAGAACCACAGCUUUCAGAUGGCAGUGAUCUUGACACUGUCAGUCAUGGCAGCAUGGACAGUGCAAACGACUCUGCUGAGCGCACCUCCAUUGACACUGACUUCACCAAAAUGGACUCCAGUGAUGACGGGUUUAGCACAGGCGGCCAAUCUGACCAAGGCUACGAUUCUCUUUCCAAAGAAGAGGAGAGGUUUUGCAGCAGAGAGACUGACGGCACAGCUUUAGCGGAAGAAAAAAUGCUGAGGCGGGCUGACAGUGGCAGCAGGCUGGCUUCUAAUGACACUCAUCUAUAUGGAGUUUUGCCAAAGACAGAGAGGCCCAAAUCUCUAGAUUUGUCAGGACAGGGAUUUACGAGGCUCACCGUGCCUCUUCUUAACUCACCAAAGCAGCACGCCCCUGCUUCUGACAGACUGGACGGAGUAGAAGAAGAAGAUGUGGAGUCAGUGAAACAGAAAGCUCUGGACAGAAGUGUCAGCUGCACUGCGGUGAGGAGGACAGGCUCUGAGGUGCAGUUGGAUCCCCUGUCGCAGAUGGCGGCAGAGCCCGAGUGUGAUCAAAACAGCAGCAGCAGCACGCCCAGCUCCAGCCGCAACCUUGUUGAGGAGAUAGAGACGUACAUGAACAACAGCAGUAGCCCUUUGAGGAGCUGCACCCCCUGUACAGACCUGCAGAACUCUUCAAGUCCACUGUUUCGCUCCCCUUUAUCUGGUCACUCUCCACAGUCCUCCACCCUUGUCCGCUCUAGUACACAUCUGUCUCUGCCUGUCAGAUCCAAAGAGAGGCUGAGGCCAUCGCCAUCUCUUCCUCUGGGAGUGUGUAGGAAGGACAGAGAGAGACCUUCCUCUUUGGUCUCCCCGUCAUCACCCUCCCCUUCUAACUCCUCAUUCUCCAUGGACUCUCUCUUCACCCCAACUCUGGACAUCUUCAAGAGCAGCGUCAUAUCAGCAGGCAAAGGCGUUGCUGAGAAAGCCAGUCGUCUCUACUCCCGUUUGUCCUCGCAGACUUCAUUAACGCAGGAUGCAAACUGCGACCGUCUAAGUGUUUCCUCGCUGACCUCAGCGGAGGCAGAAUGCUCCUCGUUGACAGAGAACUACGAAUCCAGUCUGGACCCCGAAGGCUUUACUUCCCCUCAGCACAGCAGCGUGUCUCGGCUGAGAAUAAGCCCUGUUGGGGUUUGCCACCCGAGCCUGGGCAGCCCCAGUAGCCCUACAGGGGUGUUAAGACACAACUCCUUCUCAGGUGCUUUGGCACUUCCCUCUAAAACUCCUCACACUCCAAGUUCCUCCCCUGAUGCAAGCCGCUUCCAGCCAACCUCUAAUUAUAUCAUUGAGGUGCUGAUGUCCAGUUGUUCUCUAUGUAAGACAUGUGACUGUUUGGUGUAUGAUGAGGAGAUCAUGGCGGGCUGGACGGCAAAUGAUUCAAACCUCAACAGCACUUGUCCUUUCUGUGGCACAGCCUUCUUGCCUUUCCUAAAUGCUGAAAUUAAAGAUUUGAAACCACAAAACAAGUUCUCUAAGCUAAGUAAUCCUGUUAAAGAAGAAGACAUCUCUGCAACGCUUAGUCCAAAGGACAAUAUGUCUGAGGCAGCUCAGCCAUCUGUGGCUUCCAUACACCCGGUGGAGACCAGUGGAAGUGCUGGCGUGUCUCCACCAGCCUCAGUCCCAACAUCUGCUUCUGAUUUAGUGACUGUGCCCUACCUAAGCCCACUAGUUCUGUGGAAGGAGCUUGAAAGCCUGCUGGUGAAUGAAGGUGACCAGGCAAUCUCUUCGCCAAGUGUUGUGGACCAACACCCCAUUGUCUUCUGGAACCUUGUGUGGUACUUCAGAAGGCUGGAGCUGCCUAGUAACCUGUCAGCUCUCAUCCUGGCAUCCCAGCACUGCAGUAGUGGAGACCAGAGUCUACCCAGUGUUUCAUCUGAGGACAGUAGGCAGGUGCUUGUGAGGAUUAUGUGGGACAACUUGAAGCUGCACAGAGACAAAGUUCAGCCGUGCUAUGUGCUGUGGAACACACACUGUGCCAACUCCUUGAUCCGCUCUGGGCUUUGUGAAGAAGGUCAGCUCUUCACUGUGGAGCUGCUGCAGAGCUUUGUGAGGAGCAUUAAGAAGAGCGAUGUCUAUCAACCCAUGACUCAGAUCAUCCAGCUGCUGGGGCCUGAGCUGGGAUUCAAGAGACAGAGGAGCCUCUAUAGAGAUUUGUUGUUCCUGUCUUUAGUGGCUUUGGGAAAGAACAACAUUAAUAUCAAUGCUUUUGACCGGGAGUACAGGUUGGCUUACGACCGCCUCACCCCCAGCCAGGUGAAACUGACGCAUAACUGUGAUCGGACCCCUGGAGCGGGGGUCAUGGAGUGCAGGAGGACCUUUGGGGAGCCUGGUCUCUAAAUUUCUUUCCCCAUAAAUGUUCUCCUGCUACUACAAUCACUGCUGCUGAUGUUACAGACUGCUCUUCAGACUCAGGACCAGCUCGCUGGACUCGGACACGGAGCUGUUAAAAGCACAAUGGAUCAUUUUUGUUCACCUGAAACAACAGCCACAAGCGUCUUUCUGUCAGAGCUGAGAGGUAUGAAGGGACGGGCCUCGUUAGUAAAUUAUUUGAAAUUUGUCCAUAUUUUCAAUAUACUUGUAGUAAAAUGUUUAUACAGUUAUUAUACAGACUAUUUUAUGCCUUUUUUUUCUGUUAACAGCUGUGAAUGGUUACGUAAAGUGAGUGUGAGAUGACAUCGUCCAAAUUCCUCUGAGGUCUAGGUGGCCUUGUUCUGACUGUUGUGUGUGUGUGUGUGUGUGUGUGUGUGUGUGGGAGGGGAGGGGGACUUUGUGUAUUUGUGUGUGGGUGGGUGCGUGUAUGUAAUGUAUACUCUCUAGUUGAUGUCCAUUUUUUUUACAAAGCACUUUGACAAGAUGACCUCUUUUUUUUCAGUUGCAUAACAUAAUGGUCCAUCAACCAAAGCCACAAAGUCACAGUUUAUGUAACGCUUGAAAGAGCUUCAGUAAGACUUCAAAUUACACUCACAGUCAUCUAUAAACAAAAAGAAACCCUGACUUAGCAGCAGUUUUUGCAUAUCUGAAAAUCUUUAACUGCACUGUAGCAUCAUAUCAACACAAGAUAAUCUUCUGAAACAGGAAGGAAACGUCCAAAUAAUGUUUGCACACAUUUUAUCCUUUUUAUUUCUUUUUACAAUGUCAACAAAAGGGGAAAAAAAGCUCUCAUCACAACUUUUGAUUAAUGUAACUUUUUUUUACAAUGGAUUUUUUUAAGUCAUGAUUUAGAAUUUCAUUAAAACAAGUACAAUCAAACUAAAAGUGAACAAAUAAAAGUCUCCUUUGAUUUAAUUCAUUUUUUUUUUGUUGGAGACUGGGUUUAAAUGACAGAGUCACAGGUCUCUAAAUAUGUACAGGGUAUUUGGCUGUUGUGUUUUGUACAUUCUCUUUUUGGUCCCAACUGUUUGAUGUAAAAGUCGGCUUUAGAUUUUUAGACAACUUAAUGUUUUAAUGUGACAUACAGAGCGGAAAAAACAUUUUGUGCUUAAAACCCUUGUUCUUAAUGACUGUUUCUUCGAACAAAUCACAGUGCAGAGAGUUUUGUUGCACUGUUAUUAAAACAUGAAAUGCACUUUUAUCUGCCAAUUUGUUAGGUACACCUUGUUUGCACUGGGUCAGACCUCCUUUUCUCAUUUAAACUGCCUUAAUUAUGCAGACUAAAGUGUUUAAAGGGGGAUCUGUUGGUUUUAGGAUUAAAAUGCCAAGAAAAUAUCUCCUAUCACAGUACUACUGCCACAAGCCUGGAUCUUUGAUGCAGGACAGACUGGAUCUCAUCAUGCUGAGAAAUACAUUGUUUUCACUGAAGUUAAAUAUUCAAAUUACUGUUUCCUUUUUUGUCAUCGUCAAUGACUGUCUUGGUAUCAAUUAGAAAUGAUGUUUUGUUAACAAUUAAUUGAAUUUUUCUGUCCUUUGGCUUUUAUUUAGAUAAGUCUGAUACUGAUGUCUGUCAAUUCCAGCAAGUUUCUUAAAUAUUCAGAAUUUCUUUUUAAAAAGUAUUUUUCUGCCUCAUUCUGUUAUUGUUCAAGAUUUUGGAUGUUUGAAUAAAAAAUGUCAUGUAUCCAAUAAAGAAGCCAGUGAGUGUAAAGAUAAAAGCUUUCUCCUGCCCCGAAAACACUUUAAACAAUAGGUUUAGUCACUUUCUCAAUGUUGUCUUUUGCCAUUCAAUAACAUAUAUGUAUAUAUAUAUAUAUAUAUAUGUGUGUAUAUAUAAAAAAAUCUAUGGAUUAUGUGCUUUUCCUGUACAGGAUAUCACAAUCCCUUGUAUUGCAUUCCAACACCUUGUAACCAAGUGUCUGUGAACUACUAAUGACCAAAACAUUGCUAUGUGUUUGUUUACUGUCUCACUACUUCUCAAUUAUAUACAAGGUUUCUAAAGUGUUAUUUAUCAUUUGUAACACAAAUAUCAAUUUGUAUGGUUUUUACAUAAAAAAAUAAAUCUAAAUUCUUCCCCUAUCUGGAUGUACAAUUUUUCCUCGUUUGUGAAUAAAUACACGAACUUC